AUGGCGGGGGGUGGUCGUGGCCCCUCGCCGGCGCUGCCCUGGGGCCGCCUCUCGGCCUGGCUGGAGUGUGCCUGCGCCGUCACCUUCGACCCGGAGCUGGGGCAGGCGCUGGAGCUGGUGUACCCCCCCGACUACGCGCUGACGGAGAAGGAGAGGACGAGCAUCUGCUACCUGGCCUUCCCGGACUCCUACUCAGGCAGCCUGGGAGACACCCAGUUCAGCUUCCGCCUCCGCCAGUCGGGCUGGCAGCGGGGCCGCCUGGGGCACGAGGAGGAGGAGGAGGAGGGCUGGCGGUAUGACCGAGGGGCCCCCCUCUGGCUGCAGCGGGAGCCUGCCCAUUACUUUGGCUAUGUGUAUUUCCGGCAAGUCAAAGACAACUCCGUGAAGAGAGGCUAUUUCCAGAAGUCCCUCGUCCUGGUGUCUCGCCUGCCUUACGUGAACCUUUUCCAGUGUCUGCUGCAGCUCAUUGCUCCCGAGUACUUCGACAAGCUGGACCCGUGUUUGGAGGCCGUGUGCAGCGAGAUUGACCAGUGGCCGCCUCCGGAGCCCGGCCAGACGCUGAACCUGCCUGUGAUGGGUGUUGUCAUUCAGGUGAGAGUUCCCUCAAGGGUGGACAACCCUGGAUCUAGCCCUGACAUGCCAGUCAACCAGGAGAACCCCUUGCCAGCCCCGCUUGUUGUCAGCAGUGUCUCCGAACUGGACCUCUUUCGGUGUUUCCAGCCCAUGCUGACCCACGUGCAGAUGCUGUGGGAGCUGAUGCUGCUGGCGGAGCCUCUGGUGGUGAUGGCCCCGUCACCGGCUGUCUCUUCGGAAGUGGUUCUGGCGCUGACCAGCUGCCUGGCUCCUCUGAAGUACUGCUGCGACUACCGUCCCUAUUUCACCAUCCAUGACAGCGAGUUCAAAGAGUACACCACCCGGACGCAGGCCCCGCCGAAUGUUGUGCUGGGGGUCACAAACCCCUUUUUUAUCAAGACGCUGCAACAGUGGCCCCACAUCCUCCGCCUGGGGGAGCUCAAGAUGGCUGGUGACCUGCCCAAGCAGGUAAAGGUGAAGAAACUGGCCAAGCUGAAGUCCCUGGAUGCCAAGCCAGGACUUUACUCAUCAUACAAACCAUUUUUGCACAAGGACAAGGCCCUCAUCAAGAGACUCUUAAAGGGCAUCCACAAAAAGCGUCCCUCCGAAGCCCAGAGUGCCCUGCUGAGGCGACACCUCUUGGAGCUCACGCAGAGCUUCAUCAUCCCCUUGGAGCACUACCUGGCCAGCCUGAUGCCGCUGCAAAGAGCCGUCACGCCCUGGAAGAAUCCCCCUCCCAUCCGCCCGUUCCAGCAGGAGGAAUUCCUCAAGACCCUCGAGCAUGCCGGGCCUCAGCUCACCUGCGUGAUCAAAGGGGACUGGAUUGGCCUGUACAGGCGAUUCUUCAGGUCCCCCAACUUCGAUGGAUGGUACCGCCAGAGGCACAAGGAGAUGGCACACAAGCUGGAGGCGCUGCACCUGGAGGCGAUCUCGGAGGCAAACAUUGGGACCUGGAUGAAGCACAAGUCCGAGGUGGAGGUCGUUGACCUGGUGCUGAAACUCCGCGAAAAGCUGGUGAGCUGCCUCCCCCUCCCUUGA